AACCGGUCCAACUUUGAAUCCUUGACAAGAUGAGGUGGUUACUUUCUAUUACUGUCGCCUUUGUUUGGUCGGUGGUGGUGCAGGCCAAGAGCUUCACGGGCAACCGGUUGCUGGUUGUGCUGGAGGAGCAGGCUGAGAGGGAGAAGUAUAGUGUGUUUCUCGAGGACUUGACGUCCCGGGGAUUUACAACAACAAUCGAAUCGCCAAAAGAGAGCAAACUAUCCCUUCUGAAGCACGGCGAGCGAGCAUACGACCAUGUCCUCCUCCUACCCGCAAAGUCCAAAGGCCUCGGCCCUGCCCUCACCGCGAACAACCUGCUCGAAUUCAUGAAGCACGAGGGAAACAUCAUGGUUGCCCUUUCCAGCGAACACGCCACUCCUACUGCCGUCACUGCAAUGCUCCUCGAGCUCGACAUCAGCAUCCCAUCCGACAAGGGCGCAUUGGUAGUCGACCACUUCAACUACGAUUCGGCAUCAGCAGAGGAAGAGCAUAAUGUGCUCUUGCUUCCAUUCCCUAAGGCACUCAGACCCGACGUCAAGAACUACUUCGCUGGUGAUGGAUACAUUGCGGUACCAAGCGCCGUCGGUCAGGCUCUCGGAAACGAGUCGCCCCUCGUUGCGCCCAUUCUCCGCGCUCCCCGCACCGCAUACAGCUACAACCCCAAGGACGAGGCUGAUGGCGUAGAAGACCCAUUUGCGGUCGGUGAGCAACUGAACCUCGUCUCCUCAAUGCAGGCGAACAACGCAGCGCGCUUGACGGUUGUUGGUUCAGCUGAGAUGUUGCAGAACAAGUGGUUCGCUGAGAAGGCCAAGUUGGGCGACAAGGCCAUUACUACUGGCAACCGCGAAUUUGCGCACAAGCUGUCUGCUUGGACCUUCAAGGAGGCGGGUGUGCUCAAGAUUGGCAAAUUCCUCCACUACCAAGACGAGGGUGAGAGCAAGAAGCUGAACACUAGCACUGCUAUCCCGGAGAACAACCCCACCAUCUAUCGCAUCAAGACAGAUGUUCACUUCCAAGUCGAAAUCUCCGAAUACGAAAACGACCGCCUCGUCCCCUUCGAGCCCGUCGAGAAGGACAACAUCCAGCUCGAGUUCAGCAUGCUCUCGCCGUUCCAACGCCUCAACCUCUCUCCUGUUGCGCAAACCGCAAACGCGACUAUCUAUGGCGUCGCGUUCAGGACACCCGACCAGCACGGAAUCUUCAACUUCCGCGUCAACUACCGCCGCCCCUUUGUCACCAACAUUGAUGAGAAGAGACAGGUCACUGUCAGGCACUUUGCGCACGAUGAAUACCCAAGGAGUUUCGAGAUUAGCGGUGCGUGGGUCUGGAUCGGCGGUAUUUGGGUCACAGUGCUGGGUUGGUUGGCGUUUGUAGCGCUCUGGUUGUACAGCGCGCCUAGUGUCAAGUCUGUCAAGAAGACACAGUAAAGGAAUGAUGGUUAAUUGUACGAUUCGCAGGAUGAUAGCUUCGAUGUUGGCCUGCAGCAUGCAAGCCGGAAUACCCCCAUGGGCGAUGCGUGGUAUGUAUACUAUGGAGUUAGGACAUGGGAAGAACCCAAAAGCUUUUAUCAAAAUGAUAUCUUUGAUAGUUUCGCCA